CAUUUUUUCCCCCACUGACAGCUGAAGCUUCAGACUCGGCCAAAGUUAAGAUUACCUGCCAUCCCUAUCACCAAGCCCCAUACUAUGAAACCAGCUCCACGACCUGCAACUGUGAGACCCACAGUCUCUCCUAUUGUAUCUGGUGCACGAAGGAGGCGGGUGCGAUGUCGUAAAUGCAAGGCCUGCCUGCAGGGUGAAUGUGGCAUGUGUCAUUACUGCAAAGAUAUGAAGAAAUUUGGAGGGCCUGGUCGUAUGAAACAGUCUUGUAUCUUAAGGCAAUGUUUGGCGCCCAGACUGCCUCAUUCUGUCACAUGCGCACUUUGUGGAGAGGUAGAUAAGAACGAAGAUUCCCAGGACUUUGACAAGAAACUAAUGGAGUGCUGCAUCUGCAAUGAAAUUGUUCAUCCUGGCUGUUUGCAGAUGGAUGGGGAAGGGCUACUGAAUGAGGAAUUGCCAAAUUGCUGGGAAUGCCCAAAGUGUUACAAGGGAGAUGAGCCAGAGAAAGGCCAGAAACGGAAAAUGGAUGAUGGUGAUGAUGACACAGUUCAAGCCAAAGUCCUGCGUCCCUUGCGUAGCUGUGAAGAACCUCUGACUCCACCACCCCACUCCCCUACCCCAAUGCUGCAGCUGAUCCAUGAUCCUGUAUCACCUCGAAGCAUAGUGACGCGGUCCUCUCCAGGGGCAGGUCCUAGUGACCAUCAUGGUGCCAGUCGGGAUGAACGCUUUAAGAGACGACAGCUGCUUCGACUACAGGGCACAGAACGCACAGUUGUGCGGGAAAAGGAAAACAACCCUAGUGGCAAAAAAGAGCUUUCAGAGGUAGAAAAAGCCAAGCUUCAUGGUUCAUAUCUCACAGUCACAUUGCAAAGACCUACCAAAGACGUGCAUGGCACUUCCAUUGUACCCAAAUUACAGGCAAUCACUGCCUCCACUAAUCUGAGACACUCCCCCCGUGUGGUCAUGCGCCAAAGUUCAGCCAGGACACCCCAGCGGGGUGGAGAUGAAGAAGUAGUAGAGGAGGAAGAGGAAGAUGAAAGCGCAGAUGAAGAAGAUGACAAUGCUGAGGAAAAUGGGGCAACCAGGCUAAAUGGACAGGGGGGCAGGGCAUCAGAUGGUGAGGAAAUCUGGAUGCAAAAGGAAGUAUGGAUGUCUGUCUUCCGAUACCUUACUCGCAAGGAGCUUUGUGAAUGUAUGCGUGUAUGCAAAACCUGGUACAAAUGGUGCGGUGAUAGGAGAUUGUGGACGAAGAUUGACUUAAGCAGGUAUAAGUCCAUCACACCCAUGGCUCUUGGUGGUAUAAUCAGGAGGCAACCAGUCAGCCUUGACCUCAGCUGGACCAAUAUUUCUAGAAAACAGCUUACCUGGCUCAUCAACAGAUUACCAGGCCUCAAAGACCUCAUCUUGGCAGGCUGCUCCUGGUCAGCAGUAUCUGCUCUCAGUACCUCUACCUGCCCCCUUCUCAGGACCCUCGAUCUUCGGUGGGCAGUAGGAAUCAAGGAUCCUCAGAUUCGGGACUUGCUGACACCUCCAUCAGAUAAACCCAGUCAAGACAAUCGCAGCAAACUCCGUAACAUGAUAGACUUCCGAUUGGCCGGGCUGGAUAUUACUGAUGCCACACUCCGGCUCAUCAUUCGCCACAUGCCUGCGCUCUCACGACUUGAUCUUAGUCACUGCAAUCACCUUACAGACCAGUCAGCCAACCUGUUAACAGCUGUGGGAUCUUCCACACGAAACUCACUCACUGAAAUUAAUAUGGCAGGUUGCAAUAAGCUCACAGACCAGUCCCUGCUGUACCUGCGACGCAUCUCUAAUGUCACUCUGAUAGAUCUGCGUGGCUGCAAACAAAUCACCCGCAAAGCCUGCGAGCACUUCAUUUCAGACCUGUCAAUCAACAGCCUCUAUUGCCUGUCAGAUGAAAAGCUGAUCCAAAAAAUCAGCUAGAAAUUUGCCACAGAAAGACUGAAGAGAAGAAGGAAAGAUCCCAGACAGCCCCUCUUGGAGAGCAGAUCCUCCCUCAAUUUACCCCAUCUCUACAGUCAGGAGAGAUGCCAUCCUGAUUGUGAUUGUAAUGACCCUCCUCUACUUGGGACUUCUGUAAACCAGAAAAUCCCACCAGGCAGUUGAGUAAGUGGCAGCAAGAAGAGAUGGACAAUUGCUCUUGUUGGGGUACUUGCUCAUCAGCUACAUGCUCUUAACUUUUUGUAGUCGCUUUUUCAGGGGGAACAUGACCUUUUCUCUCCACCUUUUUCCCUUCUCAUAAAUCCUGUGAAAACAGAUUAUACUUCCUCAUCAGAUUAUGGGAAACGUGACCUGGAUGGUAUAAAACAGGUGCAUUUCUGCUCCCUGUUUCUUUACUGUCUUGGUAUGCAAUUUGUUACUAAGUCUUCAGAUUUACUAAGACUUGAGAGUAACUGCUCUUGCCCACUAUGUUCUGUUAAGCUUCCUUUUUUCACUCACCAGCAGCUGAAUGGGCAGCUACUGCUUUGUGCCGAUUACUCAGAGCUCCAGUGUCGGCAGUAGUGAUGCCUGCUUUGUGGUGAGGGUCUCUCCAUGUGCCCUCGGUUCAGCUUGCAAGCAUCGUCCAACGUAAGGCUAGUGAGGGGAUGGCAGAACUUUCAGAAUAAGGGAGCCAUGUUCUUAUCCUAGAUUAUCCCAGAAAAGGGAGAGGGUGUCAGACAAGCAUGUUCUACCUUUCCUGCUAUGAAAAGAUGGCAGUAUUUGUGUAGAGAAAAAGCUGCAGUAUAGAUUGAAGGCUUCAGGGGCAUCUUUUGGGAUUUCUAACACCAGCAGAAAUGGUCUCCAUUGUUCCAUAUGUCUGCUGAAAUUAGCAUCCUUAGAGAUGCUGGCUAGAACAAAUGCCUACAUCCUGGGGUUGCAUAGCUGUUGGCUCUUGAGCUGGGAGACGGGUUAAUGCUCCAUUAGCUGCCUCUCUUCCUUUGCAAUGAAUGGCCGGUCCAAAGAACUUCUCUCUUGGGCAGCAGAGAGCUUUUUGCACUUUAGAAAGAAAGGUAAUAUUUUGGAUCCCUAUUUUAUUUUCCCCUGCUUGAGUGACUGGACACUCCUUCCAGCUGUCUGAGUUUGUCAGGGUUUGAAUGCACACUUUGCACUCUGCUCUCUUCCCCAUAGUGAUAGCACAAAUUGGACUGCCCUUCCCCCUUGCCUCCCCUUCUGAUCUUCAAAUGGCAAAAAAGCAGCUCUCCAGUGUCUGUGCAGCAAGGGAAAGGAGGAGAGUGGUUGCAGAAUUGGAGGAAGACCCAAUGCACCCUUGCUGCUGCUUCUGAAGCAAUAAGGGAGGGGGAGGAAUCCACCCAUAACUCUCCAAAUCGCCCAGCCUAAUUGCAUUGAAUGCUGUGGCAACUGAGCCUCGGGGAAGACUUGACUUCCCCUGCACUAUUGGGGAUGGGGUGAAGGAAAUACAUUUAGAUCUACUGAAAUCCAAUGGUCCCCCCCCCCUCACUUCCAUAUGAGGAGCAGGCUUCUUUGCCAAGAGGACAAUGCUAGUGUGAUGAGUUCCAGAGUGCCUCAAUAUACAGGAGCUUUGCUGCAAAUUGAAUUUUUCUGCAAAAAUGCCCACUGAUCUCCUAGAAGUGGAAACUUUCUGCCUUGUUGUAUUGGCUCCUGUGGAAAAAAAUUGUAGAACCAAUCUUUUUGUGCUUUUUUUGUUUGUUUGUUUCCAAGAGGAAGGUGAGAAUAGCCAUAAAUAGGAGAUUCAAGUGCAUCUGCCCAGAUAACUCCCACAUUGAGUUUUCUACACUCUGGGUAUUUUGUGUUUUUGUUUUCUCAAAAGUGGGAGCACCUUCAUAACUCUCCAUGUGCAUUGAUCAGCCUGAGAAGUGCUGAACUGCAGCAAGUUGGCAUGACAGGAGCAUUGGUCUGGGAGGAAUCUCGUCCUGCGGCAAGAGGGAUGAAAAAGCAUCAGCAGACUGAUUGGGGAGGGUAUUGUGAGUUUAGGCUUUAUUAUCCUACAACCUUCUCAGAAAUGUCCCUCAAAUGACUGUGGCUUAAAAGACUUAAAGUAAUUGUGAAACUUCAUUGCCUAAACUGAUCAUCACUUCAGAGGGCAAGUGGUGACACAAAGGAAAGAAAAAUUAUAUAUAAAAUCACUUGGUGAUUUAAAAAAGAAACAAAAGAAGACAAAACAUGCUCCCUAAAUAAAACUCCCUAAGAAAGUCACUAUUGUCUAAAAGGGUUUGGUUGUUAUUUUGUGUUUUUCUUUUCUUUGGUUUGUUUGUUUGAAGAAAUUGUAAAUAUAUAUUUUUUGUUGCUAACUUAGAGUCAAUCUCCAAUGUUGUGCUUCAAAAUUAAAUGUAAGCAUUAAGGGUAAAAGAAACCAAGUCUUGCGCUCUCGCGGUUGACAUGUUUAGGGUUGGGGAAUAUUUGGGGUUAAAGGGGAGGGGAACCUAGUUGGGAUUUUUCAUUUUCUAAUCAUUUGCCAAUAACAGUUUUAGAGAUUCUUUCCUCAAACAUAUUACCACAGAUCUGAGGCACAAAUGAAAGGGGGAAGAAAAGAUACCAGCCUCUGAAGGGAGACUUUGUUUCAAUGGGGUGGAUUUUGGAAUAAACAUUUCAAGAAAAAAAAUAUGUGGGGUCUGCAUAUUGAUUAACCUUGAUUUGAGCAGCAUUGUAACAGCAUGAAUGAGAAAACUCAGUUAUCUAAUCCACUAUGCAUUUUUCCUUCCCACAUUUACUCUCUUAUGAAUUCUGCACUAUUAAAAUGAUAUAUGCUAGCAAUAUUUUAGUCAGAAAAAUUUUAAUAUAUCAGUAGCAGGCAUUUGCUCUUAUCUGCAUAACUUUGAAAAUCUUAGUAAUCUUACAAUGCGUUCAAAAUUAGCAGUUCUAUCAAAGGGCAGUAAGUUACAUACACAAAGCACUGAAACCAUUUUUACAACCGUUUAUUUUGUCUGGCCAAUUCCAGCUUCCAAAAUUGAAGAAAAUGCUAUUUUGAUAGUUUAAAGUAUAUUCAAGGUUAUCCAAAUUUGGGAACUGUAGGCUCAGUAUUCUAGGCCAAUACCUGUGAUUUUGUUUUUUUGCAGUACAUUGAUGACAGUUGAACAUAUAUGAAGCACACUUCUUGGAAUAAAUAUUCUGCAUGAGCUAGAGGAGUUUAUUCUGAAAUGUUAUAAAAGCAGUGGAAUAUGGCCAUAUACUAAAAAUUUCUAUCCAUAUUUAGUACCUUUUGACAUUUAAGAUUAUAAAUAAUGUUUAGAGUCUUUAUUUUCUUCUUGCUUUUUAAUCUCUCUGAAUUCUUGAGAUUCUAUAUGAAGUACAAUCUGUUUAUUUUAUACAAAAGAGUAAACAUAAUAUAUUGUACAAGUAA